AUGAGUUUUCAACUCUCACGUGAACAAUUUCGCACUAUGAUUUUAUAUGAUUGGAAAAUUGGCUUAACAUACAAGGAUAGCCAUGGCCGUUUGGUACAAGCAUGGGGGGAGCAAGCACCUUCUGAUCACACAGUCUUCAAUUGGCUUCGUGAAUUUCAACGCGAUAAUUUUAUUGUUAAAGAUGCUCCACGUUCAGGUCAUCCUUCAACAUCUGUUAAUGAACAAACAAUUGAUGCUGUACGAAAAAUAAUUGAAGAUGAUCCUCAUUCGACAUAUCAGCAAAUAGAAAACAUAUUGGGUAUCAGUUCCACGGCAAUUAAUUCGAUUAUUCAUGAUUAUUUAAAUCUAAGAAAAGUUUGUGCUCGGUGGGUACCGCAUAAACUAACCGACGACCAAAAACAGCUGCGAAUUCAAUUUUGCCACCGUUCGCUAAAGUGAUUUGAAGAAAGUCAGUCUCGUUGUGUAUUUGACAUUAUAACUGGUG